UCCGAGGUAGCGGGCAAGUUACGACAGUUCACAGUUAAUGAGAUUGAGAGGCUGAAGUAAAUAUGCCGAAAUCCUUUCAGUGUUUAAUGGUUUUCCGUUUUAACUUAUAGUUAACUCGUCGGAGGAGGAAAGGAACAACGGAGUUACAGUUUUGACGAGAUGUGGGUUUUCGGAUACGGCUCUUUGAUCUGGAAAGUUGACUUCCCGUUCGAAGAGAAGCGCUUCGGCUACAUCCGGGGAUUCAGCCGCAGGUUCUGGCAGGGGAGCACCGAUCACCGUGGAGUGCCGGGCAAGCCAGGGAGAGUGGUCACCCUUGUUGAAGAUCCUGAGGGUUGUGUGUGGGGUGUUGCCUACAAACUGCCCACAGGAAAGGAACUGGAGGUUAAGCACUACCUGGACUACAGAGAGAAAGGGGGCUACAGAGUCAUCGGUGUCACCUUUUACGACAAGGAGCCUCACAGAGAGCCCCAUGAGACAUUAAUCUACAUCGGGUCAUGUGACGAUCCCAACUACCUGGGCCCCGCACCCCUGGAAUCCAUCGCCCAGCAGAUACUUUGUUCAGUAGGCCCCAGCGGCCGGAACACAGAAUACCUGUUUGAGCUUGCCAACGCUAUCCGUGAACUACUGCCCGAAGACUCAGAUGAACACCUCUUCUCUCUGGAGCGACUUGUCAAGGCACUGCUACAGAAACAAAGAGAUGGAGCUAUAUCCAAUAGGCAAAAUGAAUGAAAAACGCUGUCCAUUGUGUUUCACACUUUACUGGUGCUCAGAUCAGGAAGAAUUACUAGUGACAGGUGGCAGUUAUAUCUCAGGGAUGGACUGUAAUAUAAAAAUGAACAGGGUGACAUUAAAUUAUUUAUGUAUAGUCACUUGUAAUUUUUCUUUUACUUGAGAAUAAUUUAUUACAACUAUCUGAACUUGGUGCUUCAAUUAUAUUUACACCUGAGUUCAGACAACUCAUUAAAAAAUAAUGGUAGCAUAGGAGCAUAAAAAUGAUUACAGGGAUUUAAGUUAUAAGAGGAUGAAUCAGUAAAACUUCAGCAGGGAGUCAGAAGAAUUGUACAUUUAUGGCAAAUUUAAUUAAUUCUGUUACAUGUAACACAAGAACAUGACAUUCAGACUUUAAUGUAUAAUCUAUUUUAAGACCUGUUUUUGACAUUUUUGUGUUUCUCAAAUCGUCCUACUGUGGGCCGGGUACAGACAAUGUGGCCACAGUGUGCUGGGGAGAUGUUUCAGUGCUAUACUUACCAGACACUUGAAGUCAUUUCAAGGUAUACGGCUACAUCUGUCCUGUCCCACAGAAACACAUUUACAACCAGUUAUUUUAACUACCUUUAAGAAAUGUAAAAAGUGCUUCUACCCUAAGAUUUGAGUUAGUAACCCUAUGGCUGUAGUGUUAGUUUAUAACUACGGUAUGACACCACUUCUGUAGGGCCUCUCGUUACAUCCCAUGGGAGCGAGUACAAAAUAAUGUAUGUAUUCUCUUUGUGUAUUCUUCUCAUGAAUGUUGACCUACCGUGGAAUAUUAUAAAUACUAUCCAAUACAGGUGGGACUGAAAGCCGUCCACUGAAGUCCUGGAAGAUAUGAACAGUGCUCAUUAUGUUGUCUUCCACUGGC